UAUGCAGACCUUGGCUAUAGCAGAGCCAGUAACUAUUUCUGGUUUGCUGUCGUGGAGGGAGCAGUUUAAUUGACUUCUAGUGGAAUUCUUUUGCAGCUGCUACACCGGGUGACCCUUACUUUGCCUUUCUUCGUUGGGGACUGUGUGAAAACGGAUUGUAUUUAUCUACAAAAUAGAAACAGGACUGAAAGCUGUGGCCUCUCUGAAUGAGGAGAUAAGAGGGUUUGUUUUGAAACUGGAGGCAGGACUUUUCAAAAGGUGUACAGCUUUGUAUGUAAAUAUACCAGUGCUGCUUAUAGGCUGGGGCACAAGCCAAGGGUUGAGUGAGCCUAAGGGUGUUUUACAUAAAAUUGCAAAGCCUGACAGGAUCAGUGUGUCUAACAUAAGACAGCUUCUUGAUUAGCAUGGGACUGGGUGGCUGACUCAUUUCCUGCCCCCUUUCACUAGCUGCUCGCUAUAUUCUGAAGCAGGGGAGUCAUUCAGGAAAAAAGAAGCAGCAGAGGCAGUAGAAGCAAGCAGCGGAGGAGCCUAUCGGCUGAGCGAAUCCAAACAUUUGUAACCACUUCAAAUCCAGCCCUUCCUUGUGCCUGCAGAAGCAAGAGCCAGUGUCUGAGAAAUAGCUUGAAAGGAGAGGAGGGCGAAUGACAACAGAGAAAACACUCAGCCAUGGCUCCCAGACUUCAUUAGCUCUGGAUCUCACAGGAAUAAAUUGCUUCCAGGACAUGUUUUCUGAGCCUCUCUCUCACACUCACCAACGCACACACACACACGUACACAUACAUCCUGUGUGUGUGUGCAAAGAGCAGCAGCUGCAUGGCAGUUAAACGAAGAUUGUCUCCUGACUAAUUUGUCUUGGCUCAGCGUGCAUCAUUGAUUCUUUGAUUGGAUUUUGAUAGGUGAAGAAGAGGAUUUUUAUUUUUUUACCCCGCUGCAUCCAGAAAGAAGCCUUAUCCUUGAUCCGACAGCGACAGAGAUUGACACUGCCUCCCUUCAGUGGCCUGGAGAGCCCAGUUUUAGGUCAAAGCCAAAAGGCUGAGUUUUUUUUUAAAUUUGUUUGGGCCUUUUGUGUUGCAGCUCACAGUUGGCUAAGCGCUCCCGUGCUGAAUCGGGCUAUUGUUUGAAUCCCAGGGCUUUUCACGCUGCAAAUCUCUGGACCCCCCCCCCCCCCCCCACCUCUUUUUGCCUCUUGCACAUGAAUCUGGAAACUACAAGCUGGACUGAUUGCAAAUGAAGUGUAAUGCAUUGUGGGACGUGUGUAAAAUUGGAUCACUUGAGGAAAAGGAAGGGGACCCAAAGCCGGCUCUCUCUGUGUCUAAGGCAACUGCAGCACCAGCAGCCGUAGCGUGUUUGUAGUGUGUGUGUGUGUGUGCGUGUGCGUGUGUGUGUGUGUGUGUGUGUGUGAGUGCCGGUUUGAUUUCCCUCCUGCCAUGCCGCUAUUCUGAUCUUCCAGGGCAAACAUAGCAUAAAGCUGUGGGGCCCAGAUAAUACUGCGAAGGGAUUAAGCUGCAGGUAGCCCCUCUCUGUCACAAUGAAGAAGACGCGGAGUACAACCCUGCGCCGAGCCUGGCCUAGCUCUGAUUUCUCUGACCGGGCCUCUGACCGCAUGAGGUCCCGCAGCGAGAAGGACUAUCGUCUGCACAAACAUUUCCCACCGGCUUUUAUAUCCCAGGCAUCUCGAGGAUACAUGACAUCAGGUGAUGUGUCACCCAUCAGUAUGUCUCCGAUCAGCCAGUCACAGUUUAUCCCACUGGGGGAGAUCCUUUGCUUGGCAGUCUCUGCAAUGAACUCUGCAAGGAAACCGGUCACACAAGAGGCACUGAUGGAGCACCUAGCAACCUGUUUUCCAGGUGUACCCACGCCCAGCCCAGAAAUUCUACGACAUACGCUGAACAUGCUAGUCAGGGAAAGAAAGAUUUACCCGACUCCAGAAGGUUACUUCAUUGUUACUCCACAGACUUAUUUUAUAACGCCUUCUCUUAUAAGAACCAAUAGUAAAUGGUACCAUUUGGACGAGCGGAUACCUGACCGACCGCAACAAUGUACCUCUCCCCAAUCUGGAACCGUUACACCAUCCACCUCAGGCUGUGUGAGGGAGCGGGUCCACCACAAAAACCUCUGCGACUCCUACAACUGUUACCGGGACGACAUGAACAGUAUGCAUGCCUCCACCCUCCAGAGAAAGUCCCCCAAGGACUGCAAAGACUCUUACUGCCCCCCAUCCGUGUAUCAACCACCUGCUACGGAAAAGAGCAAGAGCACGAUGAACUUCUCGUAUAAGACUGACACUCUGAGAAAACACAAGGAAGGCGGCAGCAGCGGGGAGAAGCAGUCCAAGAAGUUUGGUCUAAAGUUGUUCAGGAUGAGUUUCAAAAAAGACAAGACGAAACACCUGGCCACCUUUUCGGCGCAGUUCCCCCCAGAGGAGUGGCCCCUGAGAGACGAGGAUACACCUACCACAGUUCCCAGGGAUGUGGAGAUGGAGAUCAUCCGUCGCAUCAACCCAGACCUAACUGUGGAGAAUGUCAUGAGGCACACAGCGCUGAUGAAGAGACUGGAGGAGGAGAAGGCGCAGAGAAGCAAAGCAGGAUCCUCAGCUCAGCAUAGCGGCAGAAGCAAGAGAAGCCGGGGCCACCGGAAAGCCCACGGUAAAUCCCGGUCACACAGUAAAACCCGGGCAUCCAAAGGAGAUCCCUCAGAGGGCUCUCAUUGGGACCUAGCAGGUGAACGGGAUUAUGAAUUUUACAGCUCCUCCCUCGUCAGGUCCCCGCGUGAAGGAUGUUUUUCAGUGGAGCGUAACAGGGAGAAUGUUAUUGUGCACAGCAACCCCAAUAUUGUUGAGUCUCACUUCCCAGUCACACCUGAAUGGGAUGUGUCAGGAGAGCUUGCAAAAAGGAGGACUGAAAUGCCCUUCCCUGAACCAUCCAGGGGAACCUCGCACUCCAAGGUCCAUCGCAGCCACAGUCACACCCAGGACAGAAAGUCUCGGAAUGAAAGGUCUGGCAAAGCCAAGGAAAGGUCGCGCUCGAUGGACAACUCCAAGGGCCCGCUUGGGGCUGCUUCUGUAGACACAGCAGAGGACCUAGAAGGCUGCAGCCCAGAUGACCGGGGACAGGAUCAUUACCAUGUUGAUGAUGGCACAUUGAGACCUUCCCAGGCUCACCACUAUCAAAGAAUUUUGCUUUCUGCUGUUAACAUUAAUGCUGAGGCAUGUGUGCCUGAUAUAGUUAAGGGGAACAUGGAAGACCCUGCCGUCUAUAGUCCGCUGGAACACAGCAAAACCAGAGACAGUUUACCGGCCAACAGCAAGCUCAAACCUUGCUCCCCAAAGCCAGCAGCAGACAAUUCCUUUCAGUGCAAUACAUCAAAUGAAACUGUCCUCACCGCUCCCUCUCCUUUAAGGAAACAUGACCAUGACACCUUGACCUUGUCAGAUGGAGUCAAAAAAGUUUAUCCAAUUGACCGUCAGACCCCCAUCCCCCCCAGAGACUCUUGUGAGUUCCAAGAUGUCACUACUACAAAGGGACAAAACGGCAUCAGUUUACCGGUGCCCAGCCCGAUGCCAGAACCAAUACCAAAUGGCCGUUUGAUACACCAACACAAUGCUGAUCCUACCACCAGUGACAAAAGGAAAGAGAUUUUUAGCAAGGACACUUUGUUCAAACCUCCCCACAAUGUAUUGAGUGUCGGUUUUGUAGAAAGCAGCUACCAGAAAUCUGGUACAUUGCGGAAAUCCAAGCUCAUGAAAUCAGCAGAGGUUCUCAACAACUGUGAACACUUUGAGCAGCCUAGUCAGCUCUCUGUUUCACCCAGCACCUCAGCACCACAGGAACCCAAGCAGCCACCUGGGGGCCAGGAAGCCAAUUUUGACUAUUACAACGUGUCGGACGAUGAUGACUCAGAUGAGGCGACACACAAAAACACAGAGGAGGAGAAGACCAGGGAGGAUGGCGGGACAAUGCAGUGGUUACUUGAGCGAGAAAAAGAGAGAGAUUUACAGCGGAAGUUUGAGAAGAACCUCACCCUUUUAAGCCCAAAGGAAAGUGACAACAAUAACAGCCAAAAGUCUGCACAUUCUGCCCGUCUAGACAGCAUGGACAGCAGCAGCAUUACGGUAGACAGUGGAUUUAACUCUCCACGCACUCGUGAAAGUCUGGCUUCCAACACCUCAAGUAUUGUCGAAAGCAACAGGCGUCAGAAUCCAGCUUUGAGCCCUGGUCACGGUGUAAGCAGCAGCACUAAAGCUUUUAACUUCCGAUCCACUGCAGACCCUCCCACCACUGAACCUGAGAAACUGCAGAAACCUUCAAACUGUUUAGCUUCUAUUACCAGUGUUUAAAAGCUGACAGCAGCCAAGAUUCAUGUUGCACCCAAGCUAAGUCAUGCACAAUGCUCAGACUGUUACUCCAGAGAUGACUAAGGACUUCAAGUCUUUUGUAUGGGAAAAGCAUGUUAUAGGUAAAAUCUUAAAACUCACUAAAACUGAUGGUGGUUCCUAGGUUUAGCAAAAAAUAAAAUGGAAGCAUAGCUGUUUUUCACAAACCAUGCCUCAUUUACGCUGAUGUAAAAAUGUUCUUAUUCACUACCCACUGUGAUCCAACAUUUUUUUUUUUUAUAUGUACAACAGAUGUACAACAACCUUUUGGGACCUGAAAUCAGCUUCCUUUUUAUUUUAUUAUACUUUUUUAAAUUGCAGUUGGAAACGAAAAACAAUCUCAGGUCUCAAAUAGUUACUAUAUGUAGCAGUUUAGUUUGACCAAGAUACACCAACUGUGUAUACUGUACUGUCCCUGACCAGUAUAGGCAAAUGCGUCUUUAACACUGAAUUUUUGUUCCUGAGGUUUCACUGUUGUUAAAGCACCCAUAGAUAGCUGUCUCAAAAUUACAGAUCUGUAUGCAUCAUUGAAAGUUAAAAUGAGCUCCCUGGGGCAUUUUUGUUUGAUCAGUGGUUUGCUUAUAUGCAUGUUACUAAAAGCAGCCCAGCUGCUGCUUAGGUUGUCUGAAUUACUUGAUAUAAAUCCAGCUGAAUGAACUGGGUUCUAAGAAGUUAUGUUUACAUAGGAUUCUGGUAUUUUGGCACUUCCUUUUGAUGUAAAUAAACAUUAGACAACUGGUCUACUGACUUCACAAUGAGUUCAAAGCCAGUAAAUGACGGGUUGGUAUCUAAACAGCUAGUUAUUUGGUAGUUGACUUUAUGGGACUUUUACAAAAUAAUUAACCCUUUUCCCCCAUAUAAAACGCCACUCGCUGUCUCUAGCAACCCAAUCAAAAUGACAACUGGUGGCAAACCAGCCUACAAUUACGACUUGUGACAGCUGCAGGGCUCCAGGGUGCCUAUCUGCUGUUAUACAGAUGAAAAUGGCUGUAAUCUCUAUGACAGGCCUCUUUAUUUUGUUUUGGAAGGGAAUAAGGCUUAAUUUACGAAAGCACACAGCAUGUUAUAAAUUAAAUUACUUCCCCUGACCUAACUCUGUUUUUUUUUUUUUUCAAUCACAACUAAGGAAACAAGGAAAUCUGUAUUUUUGGACAAUCAUAGCUACUGUUGGCUUUUGGCCAUGGCAAUGUAUAACAGUAAAGCAAGACCUUUUUCUCUGAGACAGAUUUACGAAUUUACAUUUCAUUCAGGUGCUAAAUGUCUAUUGUCAUCCUCUUAUCUGUUUUCAUCUGUUGUCUACAACUGGUUUAUGAAAUGUCCAAAAACUAUUUGUCUUCGAGAUGAGCGUGUCAGGUCCGUAUAGAUUCAAAACACAAGGUACACUACAAAUCAGUUCUGAUUUUACAUUAUUAUUAGUAGUAUUAUAUUACAUACAUACAUAACUACCUCCACAGCUUUUGUAAUAUUGUAACUAGAUGAGGUUCUUUGUCUAAAAAAACUAGAUGUCCAUAUCAGCCUGUUUCCUUCCUGAAUGUUGGCGUUUUGAGAUUGAUCUUUUCAGAUGACUUAUUCAACAAAAGCAUUAAAUCAGUGCUGUAUGUGACAACUUUGUUUUGUUGAGAAUUCUACAGGUUUUAAUUAAAUCAUGUUAUAAACUCUAAACUAUGGGUCAGGUUUUGCUGUAUUCUCACAGCAACUACUUGAACUGGUGUACAAAUAAGUAAAUAUCUCACCCUGUACAUCUCUAUAAAGAUGUAGUGUCCUGUUUGUUUUCCUUA